AUGUCUCAAACACAAUCCUUAGGGACUUUCAGCGAAGAUGUCUCUCCAAAGCUUCAUCCUGAUAAACUUAGCGGUAAAGAAUGUAUUUGUUGCACCAUCCGUACGGCUGCCAAAGGAUUCCCCAAAAUUUACGUCGGAAAAUAUCGAACACUAAUACUAUGCAAGAAAUCUCAUGCUCUGGACAACACUGAGAAUAAAAGAUUGGCUGAAAUGAUUGACAAAAUCAAUGAUGAGGUCAUUUCAACCAAUGAUUCAAAGCAGUCAAUUCUUGAUGGAGAAUCUGAUGAAGAGAAUGCUAUUGAAGACGUUAUGUGUAGUGGUUGUAAAAAUGUUGACUCUUCUUCAAUGUGUGGCGCUGUUUGUAAGGGAACCCUUUACAUUAAGGAAAAAAAAGGUCAAACCGAGUCUAAUAUUUUUUUCUGUAAAGGUUCUCACUUAAUCAAAUACUUGGUUCGCCAUUAUUGCUCCCAUAAAUCAGGUAAAAAGAAAAAAACUAACCCCAAUUCAUCCGUAACUAACAGAUCAUCCAAAAAACGAACCAAAGAUCAAAUUAUUGAUGAAAGUGAAACGGAUGAUGAAUGUGAGCAUGAUGUAAUUGAAACUCAUACCACUCCAAGUAAUUUCACUCAAAAGCAAACACGACUCAAUGCGUUAGGAAGACCAAUAGAAAUUCCAGUGGAAGAUGAAAUUAUGAUAACACUUACACAUUUGCGGCAAUAUUGUACGGACCAAUUUUUAAGUUGCAUUUUUCAAAUUGAAAAACGAGCAAUAACCACUAUAAGAAUUAGAGUUCUUGAUUGGUUGUAUAUCGAGCUAAAACGUUAUAUAUGUAUGCAAACCUUGCAAUUCAGAAUGGAUAAUAGUGAAGAAUAUUUUAAGCAUUUGAUUACCAUAAUAAUAGACGGAUCAGAACAGCCUGCAUUUUGUUGUGAUUCCGCAAUUUUGGAUUUUGAAUUCUAUUCUGCAAAAAAAAACCAACACAGCAUCACAAUCCUGAUGGCAAUGACUCCUUCUGGCCAUAUUGGAUAUCUUUCGCCUUGUUUUCCAGGAAGAGUUAAUGAUAAUGAAUUGUUCAACAAAACCUCUUCUCAUUGGUUGAGUGAAAUGGAUGCAUCAGAAUUCAUUUUUGGCGACAGUGGUUUUAAAGGGCUUCCUCGUGUAAUUACUCCUCCAGACGACCCAUCCUUGCGCAAAAUUUUCUCUAGUGUUCGUAUUAGAGUAGAAAAUAAGUUCAGGGAAAUCAAGAUAUUCAAAUCUUGCAAAGAACGAAUUAGAAUCAAAACCCAAAGCAAAACUGAAGUAUUACGCAUUGCUCAUAUGCGAUGGGUAGUUGUUGGUGCUUUUUGCAACUUAAAUUGGACGAGAUAUAGUAAUAAAGACUUUGAAAUGUCUUGCCCAUAA